CGGAGCCGAAACAAAGAAUUCACACCGUCAAAAGUGAAUCGUCAUUCAACCAUUCAACGCGUCCGCGCACCUUCCUGCAGCCGCGUCCCACAAAGUUGCACCUUGCAAACCACAUCUCUACUCCCGCCGUAGCUGCGGAAUCAAUAAUCGACCAACAGACAAUACAGACCCUCGACACAUUGACUUUCUUUAUGCCUGAGCGGAGCUGAGGUUAUUCGGGGCUGCUCCUCGGAUCCGCAUCCCGACAGGGUCCAGGCGCAAGCAUGUUCUCAAUCCUCCCGGAUCUUACCCCGCGCGACUCCCAUUCCCUCUGGUACGUCUCCACCCGCAAUCCCAACCUCGCUGCCUUCUCCGCCCUCGAACCCGGCUCCUCCAUCGGCGACAACAAUGGCCCGACAACAGCCACCGCCAUGGCCACCACCGUGACGCCGAACCCAACGCAAAACACACCCGCCCCGAACCCGGCCGGCCCCCAAGCGCGCGGCGGCAACGCGCCGUCCACCGCCGCCCAGAUCAUCGAGCGCUCGCCGCUCGGCCGGCUGCACGCCGAGGAGCUGCUGAUGGAGCGGCGGCGGGCGGCCGUCACCAACCUGGGCAGCACGUGGCUGAAGCCGCCGGGGGUGUCCAAGACGCUGUUCCAGAUGCGCGAGGAGCGGCGCGAGGCCGAGGAGCACGCGGAGGCGAUGCGGCGCGAGAUGCUCGCGCAGGAGCUGGCCGAGGCCGAGGCGGCGGCGCAGGCGGCAGCGGAGGCGAUGGGCGCGGAUGGGGACGGGGAAGAAGGGGUGGACGACGAUAUGAUGAUGAUGGGCGGGGAUGAGGUGCGGGAUUUGGAUGAGGAUAUUCCAGACGCGGACGAGGGUGGGUUCGGGUAUGAUGGGGCCAGUGAUGAAGAUGAGGAAGAGGAAGAAGAGGAGGAGGAGGACGAGGGCGAAGUCGAAGACGAAGUGGACGAUGCAGGGGAGGUUGAAGGCGAGCAUGAGAUGUCUCAGGAAGAGCUGCAACACCAGCGACGGGCGCGGCGACGAGAGCUGGCUCACACAAUGGCGAGCAUCCGGGCCACGGAAGAGCGCAUGCGGCAGAUGAUGGCGCGCGGGACGCCACAGGAUGGCAAUGUCGAGGGGUCAAUAUACAGCGCCGAGGACGACAUCGACGAAGAGCAGCAGGGCCAGAUGCUGGACGAAGACAACUUGCUCAGCGGCGACGCGCACCACGAGGAGGAGGUGGAGCCGGGCUCGCACAUGGACAUGGACGCGAACUUGGACGACGACAUUCCCGAGGCAGAGCACGGCAGCUAUGAGCACACCGACUCCGAGGCCUCGCUCAGCAGCAAUGGGGAUGGUCACGAUCUCAGUUACGCUCGCAGCUCGCACUCGCUGCACCACAGAGGCAGCCUUCGGCGGAGCGAGGCGCCGCGGUCGAGUCUCGAUAUCAGUGGGUUCUUGUCUAGGGAUGGAAGCAGCAUUGUGGGCAGCAGUCCCCACAUCCGGAGGGGUAACCAGUAGACUUGGAGUAUGGUUACGGCAUGAGAUGGAUGGAGGCGUUAUGGCGGGCUUCAAAAGCAUGAUACCAGCAUUAUUACCGGCGUUAGCGGAGGGAACGGUCAUCGGUAGUCUCACGGCGGCCGGCAGGGGGUCGUACCAAGUUCAAGUUCAUGGUUAGCAUUACAAGAGCCGUAUCGAAAGUGGCCUCCUCGACUGCGUGCGUGUUGGCAACCAUCGCGCCAGCGGUCGGUAUGCCCAACAAGUCAAACUACCUAUGCUUCCCAAACUCCCAGCGCCAAUGCAAUGAAUCCACCAGCCCGGCAAGGCAAUCCGGUUUAAACACCAAGCCGUAAACUAAACCCUCCCAUGACCCGACCUGCUCGCUCCCCUCCCUCCCCUUAGAACAGCCACACGUAAAUAAAUAGGAAGAUGACGGCGAGGAAAAACGCGAGCCACACCCUCCAGCCCACGCCCGUCCUCUCGGCCAUGACCAGCAUCCUGUUCAUGGUCCGGCCGAGCCGCAGCCGCGUGCGGUCGAACCCCUCGUUCAUCUUCUCAGCCAGCGCAGAAGACUCGCGGAUCUCGUCGCCAAUCGCCACCGUCAUCUGGCGA